AUGUUUGCCUCGAGGGUCGUGCGCACGCCGUGUGUGCGCUUUGUGCGUAGCGUGCACAAGUCGAUGAUGGAAAUCGAUGGUCAUGACUCGCACAACACCUCGCGUCUCGCGAUCCAGGCGGCGCGCCCCGGCCGCAUCGAGACCGAGUUUACGAUCGGGAAGGAGAAUUUGAACCGCGCCGGGACGCUGCAUGGUGGCCUCAUUGCGACGCUAGUCGACUCGGUCGGCUCGCUUGCGGUAGCGUCCAAGGGAUGGUACAAUACCGGCAUCUCGACCGACAUUAACGCGACGUUUGUGCGCCCCGGCGGCCGUCUGGACGACAGCGUGCUCGUCACGGGCGAGGUGGUCGGUAUGGGCAAGACGCUCGCGUACACACGCAUUGAGUUCCGUGACCCCAAGACGAGCGCCAUUGUGGCCUACGGAAGUCACACCAAGUUUGUUCGCAUGGCGUUCGGGUCGCCGGAGAAUGUUGUAUUUAGCGAGUCGGGCGAGGAAGUGCUCGAAGGCACCAUGCCUGCGGAUACAAAGUAG